AUGUCUGAUUCCACUUCUGAAGAUAAAUUUGACUCUAAUAAUGAUAUCAUUUUUGAAGAGAAGGAAGUUGAUUCCCCCAAUAGUGUAGAAAAUGAGAAAAAUGCAGUUACUACCAUGUCACUACCACAGGAAGAACAAAUAGAAGAUGAUAAGGUUAUUGCAAGGUUAUAUGGAAAGUGUGAACAAAAAUUUAGCCCAACAACAACUACUGGACCUUAUGGUAGAGGUGAUACUCAAUACAAGAAAGAGUGUUUUGACGCUAUUUUGAAUCUUGUAGUUUGCUAUCUUAUUCAUUUUGAGCAUAAUCAUAUGGCUAUAUCAAUUAAAGAAAAACUCUAUGAGCUUUGCAAUACUAUAAAUAUUAGUGAUAAAGUAAUCAUACUCAUGACUGAUAGUCACAUGGCGAUGGUAUUGUGUGGAAGCAUAAUUGAGCAAGAAUGGGAUUUACAAAAGUUCAAAGUAAUGCGUAAUGAGUUGAGUUUGCUUGUAACUGCAUAUAAAAAACAACUAGAGACUGAUUAUCUUAAUGAUAAUGAAUGGGAGGUUGUAGAUAACAUG